AUGGAUGAACUCGUAAAAGUAAUGGAGGAGUUUGAUAUCGACAAGGAUUUGAUAACGGUUGUGUCUGAUAUGUCAUUUGAGAUGUCAUCUCGCCAGUUGCACAAGGAUGGAUGCACUCCAAUCACAUUCAUCAGUUAUGACUGUCAACCAGUUAUGUUUACUGGACAGGCUCUUCUUUAUAUAUUUCAUACAGCCGUUUGUGGAGUCAACUGGAAAAUUAAAAGAGAUAUUGGAGAAUACGUUCAGAUGUUGAGAAGUCUCAUUUUAGAGUAUUCAGAGAUGGACCAAAACUUGCUGAUCCUAAAGAGAACAGUUCUGGAAGAUAUCACAAAACUUCUAACUCAUCGACCUCUAGAAUUGAAACCGCUUCCAUUAGAAGGAGCCGCUGACUACAAACUACAAAUUUUUUGUCACGAAAAGCAAAUUUCCGGUAUUGAUUAUUCUCGAACUUGUGAAAUGUAUGGAUUGGACACUUUGGUCGAUAAUCCUAAAUACGAAAAUGAACCGUUUCCCUUCAUGUUGACCAGGGAGAACUAUUACAUGGGAUUCGUUAAUAGCUUCUUCAAAUCAGAAUAUAGCGGAAUUAAAAAAAGAUUGAGAGAUGAAUUCCUUUGGAAAACAGACAAGAGUCUUCGGACUUCAUUCUAUCAGUGUAUGACUAACGUAUGCGAAAUCGACAACUUAAACUUAGAAAAACCUGGAACCAACCGGAAUGGAGAGGAAGAGACAAGUCACAUGAAUAGUGCAAUGCGACCAGCCGAACAACUGAUAAAAAGAAAAGAAGCCAAGAUAAAGACAGAGGAAAACUCUGUUCAACGGCGUUCUGAGGACUUUGCUUCGACUUCUGGAAACUAUGUUAUCGGAAGAUCUUCAGCAGAAGAAAAAACAAAAGAAACAAUAAAAGAAAUGGAGGAAACUUUCUUGAAACUCAUGGGAAAACUAGGAAUUAAAUUAUGGUCUGACGAGUGUUCUGGCGAAGAAUAUGAAGAUGAGUCGUAUACUGAAUCGGAGCCUGAAUCAGACACUCUGGAUCAGAAGAUUACAGAAAAGAGGCAGACAAACUUGAUGAAGUCUAGCCCGAAUGAAGAAUCAUCGAGAGCGAAGACACCAGCAGAAGAGUCGUCUGGUUCAUUAGAGUCUUCUCAAGAACGGGAUUUGGCAGUGAAGAAGGCGGAGAGGUUUGAGGAGAAGGCGAAGAAAUAUGAUGAAUUGGAGGUGAAAUUUAAAGAGAUGAAGAAAGAAAAGGAGCAAUUAGAGAGAAAAAUAGCCACGCAAGUCAAACAUUCUGAUGAAAACGAACGACUUCGGGCAAGAAUCUCCAGCAGACAAGAUAUUGAGAAGCAACUCAGAGCUUCAAGGAAUGAACAUCAGCAAAAAGCGGAAUCUCUAUUGGAAGAGAACACUCGUCUGUUCAAACAGUCAGAAGAAGACAAGAUCAAGGUUGUCGAAAUGAGGAGAAAGUUAGAAGAGGCUAAAGGAAAAACGAGAGAAGUCAAUAAAGAAUGGUCCACUCGAAAUGAGGAAUUGAAUAAAGACGUUGUGCGACUCAAUGGAGUGAUCAAGAAGAAGGAAUAG